CUGUGUGCCCCUCAGACCUCCAGCAGCUCUGGAAGGAGGUCACGGCCGCCCAGCCCGUCGAGGACAGCAUUAAGCAAGAAGGUCUCGACCUCACCACCAACACCUCCAACUCUACCUCGUUUUCGGCCGCCAAGGUCUCGCCUCCCAUUUCCCAUCACCCUCUGCCCAAUGGACAGAGCACCAUGCACACGCCAAGAAGGGACAGCUCUUCCCAUGAAGAGACCCCCAGCUCCCACCCGCUCUACGGCCACGGAGAGUGCAAGUGGCCCGGCUGCGAAACCCUCUGUGAGGACUUGGGACAGUUUGUCAAGUAA